AUGUCUCAUCAUGAAACACCUUCCUAUUAAAGUUCCAAGACUAAUAUAAACCACAGUAUAGCAGAGUGCUAUUACCUCCUAGAUAGGUUAGAGAAACAAAACAGAUAAUCGUGUUUUUUUGGUUUUGCUUGUGAGAGUGAGUGUGUUAAGACUUAAGUUAAGUGUGUAUGAGUUUGUGUGCAUUUUCAGUCUCAAAUGCGUGUUGUGUUGGAAACAAACCCAAUUCUAUAUUACUCUCAAUCAAUUCACGUAUCUUCAUAAUUAUAUUCAUUCAUAUCUUUUCAUUUCACACUAUCACUUCCACUAUUCUCCUCUGCCUCAUCAAUCCAUCCAUCACUUUCUCUCUCUAUCUUUUUUUCUUUCUCUCUUCUUUUUUAUUUUUUUUAGUAAUUGUUUUUUGUUUAGUACUAUGGCUGAGGAGGGUUUUGAACAUUACCAUAUUCCACAACAAAGUAGAAGAGAAAAGCUUAGAAUUUUAUCUCAAAAUCAAACAAAUUUUGUUGAAUCAUCUUCCAAUUCUCUUCACCCUAAUUCUUUACCUUUACCUUCUCUCUACGAUCCUUCACUCAUUUCUUCCAAUUUCAUGAUGGGAUUUGGAGGAGUUGUCAACAGUUCUUCUUCCCAACUAAACUCACCAAUUGACCCUUUUGUUUAUCAAGCUCAAAAUCUUCGUGAAUUCAAUCAUGGGUAUACAAAUGAAGGUGGUAGUAGUAGUAAUAGUGAAGUAAUGUUGUUAAAGUCUGAACCUUUAUCAUUGUCUUUGUCAUCAAACAAAAAUAAUCAAAAUCAGGUGAAUUUUCAGCGAUUUGGGUCGGUUAUUUAUGGUGGUGGUUGUGAAGUUUCGAGAAAUACGGUUCCUUUAGGACCAUUUACGGGUUAUGCGUCGAUUUUGAAGGGAUCGAGGUUUUUGAAACCAGCACAGCAAUUGUUGGAUGAGAUAUGUGAUGUUGGGGUUAGUGGAAUUUGUGGUGAGAAAAUUGCUGUUGAUGAUUCUUUGAUGGAUAGUAAUGGUCAAGAUAGUGGAAUUGUUAAUGGUGUUGAUGAUGGAAAUGAGGGUAGAAAGAAUAAGUCUAGAUUAUUAACCAUGCUUGAUGAGGUUUGCAGGAGGUACAGACAAUACUAUCAGCAGAUUCAUGCAGUAAUAACUUCAUUUGAAUAUGUAUCAGGCCUCGGUAAUGCAGCCCCAUAUGCAAGUUUGGCUCUAAAUGCCAUGUCCAAGCAUUUUAGAUGCUUGAAGAACGUGAUAACUGACCAGCUUCGGUUUAUCAGUAAGUCUAAUUUUCAGAUAAGCAACAGUAGAAAGGAUGAAUCGCCAAGGUUUCGCAACAGUGACGCAGCCCCUUACAGUCAAAGGCCAGGGUUUCUUGAGCAUGUCCAACCACCUGUUUGGAGACCUCAACGAGGACUCCCUGAGCGUGCUGUGAGUGUUCUCAGGGCAUGGUUGUUUGAACACUUUCUGCACCCGUACCCUACUGAUACUGACAAGAUAAUGUUAGCAAAACAAACCGGUCUAUCUCGUAACCAGGUGUCUAAUUGGUUUAUAAAUGCAAGAGUGAGACUAUGGAAACCAAUGGUAGAAGAGAUACACAUGCUUGAAUCACAACAAACUCAAAAGGAACCACAAAGAGAUGAGAAUCUAUCUACCUCCACAGACAAAUUUCAGUUACCUUCAAAUAACAUCAUUGCACAGAAUCCAUGUAACUCCACAGACAAAUUUCAGAGUGUCGCCUAUAAACGGACUAGAAACGAACUUUCAAAUAUGUCGGUGCUGAAUCAACAAGUUGGUAGUAAUGGAGUGAGCAUGGGGAAUAACGUUGCAACGAGCAAUAAUGGUGUCUCUCUGACACUCGGUCUUCAUCAGAAUCAUGGUAUUGGGUUAUCCGAGCCGUUUAACAUGAGUGCUGCUCAGCGUUUUGGCCUUGCACUUCAAACUGAUAGCUACGUCACGAGUAAUUUUCAAUCACAGAAUAGACAAUUUGGUAGAGACCUUAUUGGAGGGCAACUUUUGCAUGACUUUGUAGGGUGAAGCUAUAGAUAUGCUUGGACUUAAUUCAAUUAGGGUGAUACACUAUGUUUCUAUGAUUGGUUUCAUCAAUCACUAGAAAUUAGGAAAAGAAGAGUUAUUGAAAUAUUGGCCUGCAAAAGUCUUAUUGAAGAGACCUAGUUUGGGAUUAAGUGGUCUUGUACAUUCAUUUUUAUUUUAGUAGGGGGGAAACAUAUUGUUAUAGUCAAAUUAAUCCAUUUCACCCUUAUGUGUUGUUGGCCUUGUGGGAUAAGUCUUUGUUAUUGUCCUUAUUAGGUAAAAUGGAUACAUUUCAGUAGGUGACAGUUUAAUCUUGUUUAACAUGCAUUAUUCAUAAGGAUCUCUCCAACUAUGUUUUUUUCUCUCCUUUUAUA